AUGAAUAUAACAGACGAUGAUCUUGAUCAAGGGUUACGAUUUCUUGUCUUAACCUAUGAGGAAGUUUCUGUUGUUUCAAUUAUUGGUCAUGGUGUAGAAGAUUGUGAUAUUCUUGAUGUUGAUAAACAACAACGGUAUCUUGAUAAAACCUUGACUGACACUGAAAAUGGUGACGGCUUCUUCGACUUCCUCAAAUCUCCUGUUGCUGACACAGGUUUCUAUUUCAAGGACAAUGUGCAAAACUUGGUGGGGGUGGACAGGAUUAGUGCAUUGCCAGAUGAUCUUAUAGUUAGUAUAGUGUCUCUGCUGCCUCUAAAGGAAGCAGCAGCUACUAGUGUGCUAUCUACUCGAUGGCGCCACAUCUGGACCUUCGUUACCACUCUCGAUUUUCACCACGACAUUCUUUUCCAACUGCGUUCAUACAAACGAGUAAGAAUAGAGUCAGAACUUGAUAGGUACUUGAAUUGGGUGAAUAAUGUAAUGAAACAACAUAGAGGCCCAAGUAUCAAUCUGCUUAGGGUUUAUGCCGGUAUAAAUGAUCCCAAGUACGAAAAUUCCAUUCAUACAUGGGGUCAAUUCGCCUUGGAAAAGAGAGUCCAAAACUUUGAUUUGCUCCUUUCUGAAAACAGAGGUUUCCCCAAAAGAGGAGGAAACGAGAUUAAGGCAGUCUUUAGUACUUUUCCCCAUUCGCACCAAUUUGUAAAUGUGGACAGAUUAGGGUCUGACUUGUGCUCUAAACCUGAUAUUCUACACCCUUGUCUAUACACUUGUUUUAGUGCAUUCAGUUGCUUGAAGUACCUUAGAGUUCUUGAAUUCAGGUUUGUUAUAGGACUUACUGGGCAAGUUCUAGAGUGCUUCUUGUCUCACUGUCCACUUCUUGAGCGAUUAACAGUAGUUCGCACUUUAGGGUUGGAUAGUUUUAAAGUUAUCGGCCCGUCAAUUGCUUUGAAAUACUUGCACAUACAUAAACAUACUGGUCCUGUGAACAUUGAGAUUUGUGAUGUAAAACUUGUUUCAUUUAUUUAUGGUGGAGGCGGGAUAAACUUGCUGCUUAAGAAUGUGCCGCAGCUUGUUGAGGUCUCCAUUUCUUCCCGCCGAGUUUCAUUUGGACAGUGUGGUUCUCAUCAUCAGCUAGAGGUUUUCAGAAUGAGGGGAUUUGUGCUAAACAAUGAGAAACAUGUACUUCCUACAUAUGUGAAUCUCAAGUAUUUGGAACUGGGAUUGAAGGAACGUGACAGUUGCUGUCUUCUUCAAUUAAUGUCUUUCAUGGAGGCAUCUCCUUAUUUGCACAAACUUUUGGAAACUACUAUCUCUCGAUUUUAUAGGCGUGAAAUGGAGGUUAAGCAAGCUCCCAAUUACUCACAUCAAUUCCUUAGAGUAGUGGAAGUGACAGAGUACGUGUCACGGUCGUACCAGUGA